GAUUGCUGAAAACAGAGAGGAAUACUAACAAUACGGACCGCUCCCUGACGCUCAAAAGACUCAUCAAGAAGCAUGGAGUUCACAAGAGGCUACCUACCUAUGGAAUGGGAAGAGCGGUGGAGAAGAGAGAAAGAGCGAAGGAAAAAAGUAAUGGAGGAAGGAGGGGAAGAGUUUGAUAGAGAGAGCAAGAAGUUAACUUGGAUAAAAGCUUACAAUGACCGAAGAAUGGGGAUGAAGGAAAAGGAGGACGUAAAGAAUGAGAGGAUUAUUCGGGACACAAUAAAGGAGUGGGAUGAUGAACAAGAACCAGAGAAGUGCACAAGAGAGACUUACUCAUCUGAGGUCUUCCAAGCGAUGGAGGAGCUGAGGUGUUGUUCUGUCCUUACUGACCUGAUUGUAAAUGUUAAGCAUGGACAUACUAUCCAUGCUCACUCUUUAGUCCUGGCUGCUGUAAGUUCCCUCAUCUUAGAGAUGCUCCAGAAGAGGAAUGAGCAGAACGAGAGAGAAAUAUGUUUAUGUGUUGGCCCAGAGGUAUCUGAUUUGGGCCUUAAUGCAGUGCUGGAGUUUGCCUACACUGGAGCCAUCUCUGAUUUGAACAGAAGAUCUUUAGCUCAGAUUCAAGCUGCUGCUCUGUAUCUGGGAGUUCCCAGGGUUUUGGAGCUCUGCAAAGAAGAAGAGGAAAGAAAGAGAAGGAAAUAUGCAGAGAAGAAUCAGAGGAAAAAUGUUGGUGAAAAGCACAGAAAGGUCACUCUUCAGAGCAUCAGGCAGCUGAGGGAAGAUAAAGUGGGCUGUGAUGUGGAGCUGGAGGCUGAAGGAAGAACAUUUCAUGCACACAGGGUCAUUCUGAGUGCCAGCAGCGACUACUUCCAUGCCAUGUUCUGCAGCGGUAUGAAGGAGACUCACCAGACCUCAGUGUCCCUGCUACUGAUAGGGGCACCUGAACUAGAAGCCCUUCUUCACUGCUGCUACAGCGGACAUCUGUUUCUUGAUUGGGGCUGUGUUUUUGAGCUCACCUCCACUGCUCUUCAGUUCCAGUUCCAACCCGCUCUGUCGCUCUGUCUCAACUAUUUGGAACAGCAAAUGGAUGUCAACAGCUGUCUGGAUGUGGCUGCCUUUGCUGAGGCGUAUAUGCUUAGUGACUUGCUUGAAACAGCUGAAGACUUUAUUCUCAUGCAUUUCCAGGAAGUUACGGCAACUCCAAAGUUCCUGGAGCUGCCGACUGAGAAGCUAUUAGACCUUCUGAGACGUGAUGCCUUAUGCGUUCAGUCUGAACUGGCAGUCUUCAGGGCAGUGGUGGCAUGGAUCGAGGCUGAACCAACCCAAAGGCUAUGUCAAGCCCAGGAAGUAAUGACAGGUGUGCGCUUUCCACUCAUGACUUUCCGUGAGUUUCGUGAGGUCCGAGCUGUUAACCUGCAGAUGGAGUGUAGUGGUGGUGAUGAUGUAUAUCUGUACCACACAGCACUAAAAGAAUUUGGAUUCGGAGACUCCAGUUCUGUAGUUCAGCACCGCAUACGUUACCCCAAAGAUGUUCUUCUUGUUGUUGGAGGCGAUCAAUUAAAUCAAGAUGAAGGCCAAAGGCUUCCAAGCAAGCAGAUGUGGUUUGCUAACUCCCUGCGUAGCGGUACAGGGUUGGUUAAGGAUAUGGAGUGGAAGAUUCUGGGUGAGAUGCCAGAGCAAGCCAGGUUUAGGCAUGGAAUCAGUGUACUCCACAAAAAGCUCUACGUGGCAGGAGGCUGCUAUUAUUAUUCUAAGGCAGACACAAUGAAAUCUGCAUACAGGUAUGACCCUUUAAACAACUCAUGGGACAGACUGUCAGAUAUGCAGGAGCACAGGAGUAACUUUAGCAUGGUGGUGAGGGAGGGCAGUCUGUAUGCUAUUGGAGGAGACAGGGAUAUCAGAACUAAUUUGGACAGUGUGGAAAAAUACUCAGUUGAAACGGACACCUGGAGCUUCACACAUUUGUUGGACCAGCCUCUGAGCGGCCAUGCAGCUGUCGUCUGGGGAGGAGAGAUUUUUAUCUCAGGAGGUUUUAAUUUAAAAUACCAGUGCCUGGUGUCCAUGUUCCUCUACCAUCCAGAACAAGGGACGACUUAUCUGGCAGACAUGGUGCAUGAUCGAGCUCAGCACUGCAUGGAAAGCUUGGCUCAGUGCUUCUACGUGGCUGGAGGAGUGUGUAACUUGCGAGAGUUUUACACUGACCAGUUGUCCUGUGAAAGCUAUGACCCUAUAAAUGAUACGUGGACUGCAUUCACACCACUUCCUCUCUGCCAUGUUGGAGCUGCCUCAGCUGUCCUGGAGGGGAAGUUGUAUGUGCUGGGUGGGUAUUCACAAGAAGAUUACAGUGAGGCUAGGUUGGUGCAUCGCUAUGACCCAGGAACUCAGAGGUGGGAGAAUAUGGGCAAGAUGGCUGGCCCUGUCACAGACAUUCGGGCUUGUUUACUCCACUUACCUGCUCAUUUAAGAAGGUCAAAAUGACAGAAAAAUCUGGAAAAGACCUAUUGAUUUUAAAACAAUAAAAUUAAAGGUUAUAUAUUUUUCCUUGUUCAGCUAUUACCAGUAUAAACCUGUUUCUGAAGACAGGUAGUGUAGUGUCCAUAGUGUGUGAGUGUGUGUGAGACUGUGUGUGCCCUGCAAUGGGUUGCCACCCUGUCCAGGGUGUCCCCUGCCAGGUUUUGCAUGACUCUGUGCAGGAUAAGUGGCAUCGAAAAUGGAUGGAUUUAUGGAUGGACGGAUGGAUGGAUAGAGCCACUUUGCAAACUCAUUGAGCCUAGAAGAUGUAAACAUAAUUAAAAAAAAAAUGAAUUAAAUACACUUCAUUAAGCACAUGAGUAUGACAUUAAUGUUUGAAUUAAUUUGGUUAUAUUGUCUCACUUUUAUUUUUAUUUUUUUUUAAGUGAUCAUUUUGAGUUUUGAGCACAGAAAUGGAUUUUGGGGAAAAAACA